CCCCACCCCAGUCCAGUAGAUGGCAAUAUUCUUCUUACUCGCUGCUUUCUAGCUGCCUUUCAACUAGAACAAGAACAACGAUUUCCGUGGUGACUUGUGAAUGUAUGAAUGGUGAUAUUACUGAAAAAUAACUAUAAACGAGCGUGACCGCUGGAUUUGGGUACUGAAGGAGCUUGGAGACAAAAUGAGUGACAUCUCUGUGGACCACAAGACUCUUUGCCUAUUUGAUGUAGACGGCACCUUGACAGCUGCGAGACAGCCUAUAACCGCAGAAAUGGCCAUGUUUAUUGACAAGUUGAAGACCAGGGUUCGUGUUGGCGUGGUUGGGGGGUCGGACCUCUGUAAAAUCAAAGAGCAACUGGGAAAUGAUGUGAUCCAGAGAGUGGACUAUGUAUUUGCAGAGAAUGGUCUUGUGGCCUAUAAGGAGGGACAGUUACUAUCUAUUCAGUCCAUUCAGGCCCACAUGGGAGAAGAGCUACUACAAGAGUUUAUCAAUUUCUGUCUCGGCUACUUGUCCUUGAUCAAACUUCCCAAGAAGAGGGGUACAUUUAUUGAAUUUCGUAACGGCAUGUUGAACAUUUCACCGAUUGGACGCAGCUGUACUGUGGAAGAACGGAAAGAGUUCUAUGAACUGGAUCAGAGAGAAAAAAUCCGGGAGAAGUUUGUAUCCGUUUUAAAGGAGCAGUUUAAAGGAAAAGGCCUGUCGUUUUCAAUCGGAGGGCAGAUCAGUUUCGAUGUGUUCCCUGAUGGCUGGGAUAAAAGAUACUGCCUUGGGAUCGUAAAGAAGGACAACUACUCAACCAUUCAUUUUUUUGGCGACAAGACAAAACCUGGAGGAAAUGACUACGAGAUUUACUGUGACCCUCGCACCAUUGGCCAUGAAGUGACCUGUCCGGAAGAAACGCAAAAACUUUGCCAGCAGCUUUUCUUCUCAUGAGAGAAGUACCGGUAUAUCUACAUCACAUUCAGGAGACUUGAUUUAGAGGUUCUAAAUUCUAAACCUCCAUGAAGUUGGACCCCCAUCAGACACAAGUUUAUAUAUAGAAAUGAUGUCAAUCGUUUGUGCUACGUUUGUAUGAAACCCCAAAAGGGUCAAAGUUGAAUAAAUAAAAACAACAUUUGGAAAUAAAUUGCCUUUGAUAAAUAACAAAUUGUGUAAUAUGGCUCCUAAAUUAUAAAAUAGGGUAAUAUUAUGAAAAAUAUUUUACAAGAUAAAAAGGUGUUUUCAUUUUAUAAUGUCAUUUUCCAGCACAUUGAAGCGUGCUCUGCUAAUCAAAUACAUAAGGCGGAGUCACUUAAGUGAUUGGCUGGAUUGAUUGUGGAGCUUGCUGCGCUACCGUUUAGUAGCGUCGAUGAACUGUCAGGUAAACUUCCAGAAAGCAUCAAAAAUCCUCGCUCAGGCUGAGCUAAAGGGACUUUCGUUACUAUCCAACCGGUUCGCAACUUCUCUGUUACUCUGUAAGUGAGGCUACCGAAUGCUAGCACAGCUAGCCAGACUGCACGAUCCAUCCAGCCAAUCACUUAUCUGACUCUGCCUUAUGUAUUUGAUUGAGAGCACACGCUUCAUUGUGCUGGAAAACGACAUUAUGAAAUAAAAAAGGCCAUUGUGGGAAAAGACUUCACGAAAAAAAUGACUUGUAAAAUCUCAUUGAGCUGAAAAAUGACAUUAUAACAUAAAAAGGCUAUUGUGGUAAAAGGGAUUAUUUCUUGUAAAGUCUUUUUUUAUAAUAUUACCGUAUUUUACAAUUUAAGGGCUAUAUUACACAAUUCUUCACAAUUCAUUGUCUGUUAUUUAUCAAAGGGUACUUAUUUCAAAAUGUUGUUUUGAUUUCUUCAAUUUUGACCCUUUUGUGGUUCCGUAUGUUUGUGCUUGUUUGUGCCGCUAUCGUUUUUAAGAUAUUUGAAAUUCUUUUAUAGGUCAAUAUGAGGUCAACCAGCCCCCUAUAUUGAUUAAAAAUGGUGUCAAUCGUUUGUGUUACGUUUGUGCUGGUUUGUGCUAUCCUUUUUGAGAUAAUGAUUCUGAGUGAUGACGUAACGCAGCCCCCCAUUUAUUGCAAAAUGGACCAGAAAUGGUGCCAUUCGUUUAUGCUACGUUUGUGCUGUAAAAAUUCUUUCGUUCGUGCUGCUGUUUUAUAGAUAUUGAGAUAUUAAUUUCGAGUAAUGACGUCAAUCGCAGCCCCUCUGUAUCAGCUCACGGAGCGUACCAACUCUCUCAAUAACGGGGGUAUCCUAACAACUCGCGCAAACAUAGCACAAACAAAUGGCACCCCUUUGUGCUACGUUUGCGCUAGUUGUUGGGACGCCCGUCUGUUAUUGAGAGAGUUGGUAUGCUCCGUCAGCCGCGGGAGUUGGAUACGGAAAAGCUGUGCGUGACGUCAUCACUCGAAAUUAAUAUCUAUAAAAUGAUAGCAGCACAAACUAGCACAAAUGUAGCACAUACGAUUGACAUCCUAUUUUAUGUGAAUUUGCGUCUAAUGGGGGGUUAACUUCACGGAGGUAAAUUCUAAUGGUUCUCAAAGCUCGGACCUUGUGGGAAGAAUUAGUAGGUCUUGUUGAUGGAUUGUUUAAAAUGGUCACAAGUUGAAAUCUUUUCGGGAAUGUAAGUUGGAAUUCUAAAUCAUGUUUAUUAUUGCCAACAUUUGGUGAUGUUUUCAGAGGCUUGAUUUUGUAGCUACCCUUUUGAGGAUAAUGAAUUGCUUGAAUAAUGUUCAAUCUUGGGCAAUCAUCCAUCAGUCCUUUUUUUUUUUUUAAUGAUCACUACAACAUUGCAUGGAAAUUUCAAUAUAAUAGGCCUUUUUCAUCCUUUUUUGAGCCUUAAUAAUAGAAUGAAAACACCAUGCCUACCUAACCCAUUUUCUAAUAACACUAUCAUUUCUGUUUAAAUGUAAUGGGAUGAAGUAGAGGUCAAGUUAACAACUCAUCCCUUUUCAAAUUAAACGACAACUACCGGUAUUUCGAUGAAUUAUUUAGAGACGUUGCUUGACUUUAGCUUGCCUCUCCAAAUGUUAACGGGAAAUAUUUGCAGAUUUCUGUCGUUUAAAAAAAAUAAAGCAUUUUUGAAAAUGGGAAAACCGUUUAUCAUAAAGUUUACAGAAUUUCUAACAACCAACCAACUAAAAAAGUCAUUUUCUGUAGUGUCAAAUAACAUCCUAAUAGGGAUGAAAAUAAGUAAAGAUGCACGAUAACAUCGGUCACCGAUAAUUAUCAGCCGAUAACAGCAAGUAUGAUGCCACACCGGUAAUUCAGAUUUUAAAAAAUUGAGCUGAUAAUGCAAUUCAAUAAUAAUGUACUUGAUUUAGCCUCCAAAUGUGCGCAAUUGACGCAGUUUUGUCCAACUUUUUUUAGGUGCCUCAACCCCUCUAAAAGGCAUUUUUGUGCAAUUGAGUAUUUACUUUGUAAGUAUUAUUAAUAUUAAUUAAUGAAUAUACAUUGUUUAGAUGUUGGAAUUUACUACUACAGCGAUAAAUUCUGUUUUGAAUAAUAUUACAUUUUAAAUAUUUUAAUAGAAUUACCGGCUUGACGAUAUCGGCUGGAAGGAGGAGGAAAUUUGUUAUCGGUUGAAAAAUGCAUUAUCGUGCAUCAGUAAAAAUGAUGUUUUUUUUUUCUUUCCACCUGAUUUGUCGAAAAAUAAUUGACACGAUCCAUUAUUCAAAUCAGUGUUAAAUGCAGCCAAAGGAUUUGGUUGGAAGUUACUGAACAAAAAGGUACAAUAAGUACCCUGCAAUUUGAGCUAAAACAUUUGCUUUUUCUGUCUCUCCAUGAAACCUGUGCCAACUACUGCACAACAUGUAGAUAGAAUUAAAGUGGGUUAAUAUAAUGUGCUUUGGGUAUUUGUAAAAAGUAUACCUGGGGGAAAUACUUGUAACAAUACUCAGAUACUUUCAUAAUUACAUCUUGUAUUUACUGCACAAUGUGGUCCAUGGUAUGUUCAUUUUCUGAAAUAAAACUGUUGCAUACAUGAAAUUAUACUGUAA